AUGCGCUUUCACUUCGCUGCUCUUCUGGGCGUGGCCCAUCUAUGUCUCGCCGCACCAAUCACAAACCUCACCUACCCCAAGAUCCUUCCUGAUGGAUUGCCUACUCCAAGCCCCAGUGAGCUAGAGAGUAUCGAGGAGCGUGCUCAUGGAACUCUUCCCAAUGGCGCUCCUCCGUCCGGCAUCAGCGAAGGCGGUUUGACAAAUCUGAAGUUGGUUGCAUUCAAUGAACUUUUCGAGGUCGCCUUCUUUGAGGAACUCAUCGCGAACAUCACCGAAAAAGUGGUGGGAUAUCGUUUUUCUAAUGAGGAUGACUAUGACUUUGUUCUGAAUGGCUUGAAGGUCAUUCUGGCUCAAGAGGAGCUACACGUCCUCGAUGCCAACAACGCUCUCGCUCACUUCGGGAUCGAGCCGAUCGAGCCAUGUCAGUACAACUUCCCUGUCGACAACUUCGAUUCAGCCAUUCUCCUCGCCAGCACUUUUACAGACGUCGUUUUGGGGACAUUGCAAGAUGUUGUGGAGCGGUUUGCUAUUGGCGGUGACUUUGGGCUGUCGCGCGAAGUCUCCUCUAUCAUUGGCCAAGAGGGCGAACAGCAAGGCUGGUUCCGUAUCAUGCAGGGCAAGGUUCCCAGUGCACUACCUUUCUUAACAACCAGUGAUCUCAACUUUGCGUUCACGGCGAUUCAAAGCUUCGUUGUUCCCAACACCUGUCCCAACAUUGAGUCCAUUCCACUCGAGACUUUUGAGCCCCUGAACGUCAUCAAACCUCCCACUGCAACGACUGGUAGAGUUCAGAUCUCCUUCUAUGAUCAUCACCACGAGACCACGGAAAGUAUCCUGUGGAUUGUCUACAUCAAUCAACAAAAUCUUCCCAUUGUGGAGCCCCUUCAUGUCAUCUCCCGUGAAGAGAAUGAGGUCGUCGCGGAAGCUUUGUUCCCUUACGACGCUCAUGAAAUGAACGGAUUGACUAUCGCCGUGAUAACCGCAACUGAAGGUCCAUUCGAGAAUGCACACAGCGUGGCCAAGGCAACCCUUGCUGGGCCAGGACUUUUCAUCGUCAACUGA